AUGACAGAAUACAUCGCCGUACUGCCUGAUGAACUCGACGCCGGCACACCGCACACUUAUCUCCGCCUUCCCCAUCCGCGGUCUGACGGUGCGAUACUGGUACAUCAUCCCGUCGACCCGGUAUUCCUGGCCAUUCCACUCGCGCUGAGCUUGCUUCAUCCCAUGGCAGACCUCCUCAUCCCGAAAUCCAAAUCGAUCUGCGACUUGCAGCCAGCGUAUUCCCCAAGCGCUCCAGUGGGAGAUAAUCCCGACGCAGGGAGGCUGAUGGAACAUAAGCCGUUCCGGCGGGCGUUCCGGGCGUGCUGCGAGCGCAAAUUGGUGGACGCAGCAGAGGGGGAGGGGGGGGCUGGGAACGGGGAAGAGGGUGGGAAUGGAGAGGAAGGCGGGAACAAAGCACAGGACAAGCCCAAACCUGUCGCAUAUUAUCGUCCCUCGCGUGACGCCAUGCUCUCUAUCGUAAAGGCCAAAGUCGACCGACUUGCCGCCGCCGACAACUUUAACAAGUUUGACCACCUUGUACGCGGACUCGGACGGGACGGAUUGCUCGAGGCCUCUGCUGAUCCCACCCUCGUUCAAGCGGCACGCAUCUCUGCUGCAAUCGAGCACGUCGCGCAGUACCUUCCUCCAUCUCUCCUUGCCUCCCUCUCUUCCUCCUACGACUUGGCUGCUUACAACGCAUACCUCGCUGACCGUGUCGCUGCCGCGCGCGCAGCCGAGGCGCCCAUCGUCUCGGAGAAGAAGGACAAGGGCACCAAGCGAAAGCUCGCCAAGAGCGAGAGCAGUCGUGGCGUCGAGGCACUCAAAAAGGUCAAUACCAACGGAAUGGCCAAGAUGACGAGCUUCUUCAAACCAAAGACCAAGUAG